UUAGUUCCUAAACUUCCUUUAUUAGAGCUAUUUCAAACCAUAAACGUUAUUUAUCUAAAGCUCACUCAAUUGUCUUCUGCAUUAACAAGAUCUAUUAUGUUAUUGAGCUUACCUGUUUGCGAUCUGAAAUUACUUCACGUCAAAAUUAAUGCAGGAAUGAGCUGCAUUUACCUGUUUGCAAAUAAGGGUGAAGGUCAAGUAUUUUAUAAUUUCAAUGCCUCUUUAAUGAUCAAAUCAAAGAACAGAGUAAAGCGGAUCGUAAAAGUGAAGACCCAGAAGUCUCCGUAUAUUCCAGAUUUGGUAAACACCAUAUCUGAAGCUUCCACCACUAACACUUAG